AUGAAAAGUGUGCGUCUCUAUGAUAUUUCUGCUCAGAGAAGACCCGUUAUGUCAUUUGAUUUUCGAGAGACCACCAUUAAAGCAGUUGCUGAAGACUUGGAUGGUCAGACUGUAUAUAUAGGGAAUGGGUCUGGUGACCUUGCUUCUGUUGACAUGCGCACAGGGAAACUGUUGGGAUGCUUUUUGGGGAAAUGUUCUGGGAGUAUAAGAUCCAUUGCCAGGCACCCAGAGCACCCAGUGAUAGUCUCAUGUGGACUGGACAGCUUUUUACGUGUUUGGGAUAUAAAGUCGCGGCAACUUCUUUCUGCGGUGUUUCUGAAGCAGCAGCUCACAAAUGUUGUUUUCGAUUCUCAUUUUAGCGAUGAAGAAAUUAUUGGUACUGCAACACGUCUAUCACCAAGUGAAACGCAUACCGUGACUGAGAUGGAAGAUAGAGAUGAAGAAAAUAUGUUGCCUGUUAAACGGAAAAAGGCAUCUAAGGAGCACAAUGAGAGUAAGAAGCUCAAAUCCAAGAAAAAAAGCAAGAAGCCAAAAGGAGAGAGCACUGAUGCAUCAUGA